AUGAAUAUUUAAAGCGAAAAUUAGUUCAAACCUUAAGCUAAAAAGUAGCUUGAGAUAUAAUAGAGCACUGAAUAAAUAGAUUCUAUAAUUAGGAGUUUUACUUGUUCAUAAGAUCCAUAAAUUGCAUCUUAAGUUACCAAAGUUAAUACAAAAAAUAAUAGCAAUGUGAAUAGUAAUAAAUAAAUCAAAUAAACUUUUAUUAAAAAAGCAAUAACAACAGUAAAUCGAGUUUAAAUUUAAACAAAUAAUUAAAAAAAUGGAAACGAAUAUUAAGAUAUCUCAUUCAGUCAAUUAAAUAAUACCCGUGCUGAUUAAGAUUAAAGUAAUAAUAACGGUUAAUUUUUUAGAUAAAAAAGAUUGGUUGGAGUAGAGAGUUCUAGUUAGAAUACAAUAUCUGAGCCAAAGCCUUAGGAUGUAGUCAUACAAAAUUAUAUACAAAUUGAAGCCUCGCUUGAUCUGAGUAAUCAAUAAAAUAAAGAUAUUAACUUAUCAAAUAGGUUAAUCAACGAAGAGAGCUUUAUAAAUUAUAAUAUUGAGAAUUAAAAAGAGCAUAAAUCUGAUAAAAUAAGUGAAGUUUAAUGCUAACAAAUAGAUUUAAAAUAAAAGUAAAAAUAAAAUUAUAUAGAUUAUAGUUCUAGAGAUAUGUUACAAGAUCAAAGCUUAUAAUUCGAUCUUAGUAAUAUUCAAAGACAUUUAAAUCCAGAUACCAGUAUGAAUAAUCCAAUUUUAAAUGUUGAAAGUUUUGGUAGCAAAGAAUGGAGUGACGAAGAAGAUAAUUAAAAUCAUAAUAAUUAAAAUCAUAACUUAAGGUAUAGAUCCAAUAUUGUUAAAAAGAACACAACUUCUUCUUCUAAAGGUGAAUAACAGCAUUAUCUAAAUAGUUAUAUUAGUCAAACAAAAUUGUCUCAAAAGGAUCUCAAUAGGAAUUUAGACGCAACUGUUGAUAACAAAUUUAAAGUAAAGUAGAUAAAUUAUGAAUCGGAUGCUUUAAGUAGUGAUAACAGCAAUCCAUCAAAUAUCAAUUAAAAUGUAAAUUCUAAAAGCAAAGAUGAAAAGCAUUAAUUGUAGUACUUCCACAAAGAGAAAAAAUUUUCCUUGAUUUAAAAUAUACCAGUUUAUUUCAAUAAGGAACCUAUGAAAUAGUGCUAAAUAAAAGUAAAUAAAAUAACAUAAGGUAUAGGAUCUGAAAGUAGUAAAAAAAAUAAAGCAGAUGACUUUGAUUUAGAUCAAGAUUAAUAUUUCAAUUCAAAUAGCUCAUAAAACAAGAAUUAAGAUAUAUUUUAGAUCAAACUAAAUAUUUAAGAAAAAGAAGAUUAUGAAUCGGUAGAAAUAUCUUUAGAAAAAUUCAAAAAGUAAAUUAUCAAGAGUAAAAUAUACAAUUCUAAAUCAUCUGAUAUUCCUAAUUUCAAUUUUAGCGAUGUAGAUUUACCCUCUAUAAAUAAAAAUUAAAAAUCAAAUAAAUUUGAAAAUUUGUAAAAUAUUUUGUAUUUAAGGGACACACAAGAUAAAAAAUAAUAUUAAUUCUUGAGGUUUUAAUGUUUUGAAGAGUGCUCUUUAAUUUUUUAGGAGAUGCUCUUAUCAAACUUAGUAUUUGAUCGAAUAUUAAUACCUUCUGUAAUUAAAAAAAAAAUUUAUUUCUACAAACAUGAAGAAAAUGACAUUUACUUACUCAGAGAAGUAGAAGAUUUUUUUACAGUUGAAGAUAUCAUAUAGUACACUGGCUAGAUUUCUUUGGGCUUCAAAUUAUUUAAUCAAGAAUAAACUUUAACUUUAUUUUUAGAAAUCUUAAAAGUGUAUAACGUUUUCCUAAAUGAGAAGAUCGCACUUCCUAAUUUAUCAUCCUAAACUAUUAUUAUAAGUUACAAUUCUCUUGCUGUUUCUUUUAGUUCUCUUUAGAGUUGUUACUCCAUAUUAAAUAAAGACUAAAAUAUUGAAAACUAAAUCAGACAAAGAGAAAGAGAUUAAAUCAUUAACAUUUUUUAAAAUUUAUCUAAAAAAAUAUUCAAGGAUAAAUCUAGUGUUGGAAUAGCAUCUAGCACUAUGAUUAACGAUAACGAAAGCAUAGAUGAGAAUAAAUAUAUUUAAUUUCAUGAAUAGCUAUAUAACUUGAUAUAAAAAGGAAACAUUUAAGAAGCUAUUUUUAAUAUUUAAAAUGAACUGCAAGAAAUUUUCAAGUAAAAUUAGCAUGAAGGCACAAUCUUAAAUAACUCCUUAACUUUUUUAGAAUAAUAGUUAUUAAAUGCUAAUUAUUAUUAAAACAAUUAUAAUAAUGAAAAAUAUAAUUAAAAAUUAGUUAAUUAAUAUAAAAUGAAAAGAUUGCACUUUAUACAUUUUAUUAACAUUUUUGAAAGUCAAAUUAACUCAAAAUAAAAUAUUUAAGAAAAAUCUAACUUUUAGAAAUGCUAAAAGUUGACUUAUCUUUAUCAAAUUUAUGAAAGUGUUUUUAUGAAAAAAGAAUUUUUAAAAACUUUAGAGGAUCUUAAAAAUUUAAAAGCUGAGUGUUAUGGAAUUGAUUCUAAUGAGUAUUUAAAAACUUUAUCAAUUUUAUGUAAAGCUUACUACAAUGAAAAAAUUCACAAACUUUUACUUCUUAACCUAGAACCAUAUACUAAUUAUUUAAGGAAUAAUUUAAACCCUUCAAAUGCAAACGAUUUAUUCGAAAUUACUAAAUUUAAAUUAAAGAUGACAAACUCACCAACUGUCAGAGAAGAUAUUCAGACUCUUAUAGACUUUUUAUUGUAAAAGUAAAAGCUUAAGGAUAAAUGUACUCAAAUUUUACCAUUUAUGCCCACACCACAAACGCCAGAACCAUCUAACUAGGAAUUAAUUUUUAAUUUGUCUAUAUUGUAUUAUCAGUUAGCAUGUAGCUAUAAAUAUGUUGAAAAUAAUGAAAAGGCUAUGGAGUAUUUUUAGAAGUGUCUAAACUAAAUUAAAAUAGAAACAGAUAGCACUGAGAAAGAAAAAGACAAGAUAUAUUUUUACUGCUAAUCGAAUAUUGCUAGAAUAUAUUGUAGGAACAAAAAGAUAAUUGAAGCAAAAAAAAUUUUAAAAUCAUUAGAAUCAAACUCACCUAGAUAUAUGUAUCCUCCUUUUUUCUAAUACCUUGGCCAAAUAGAGUUUGAAGAAAAAAAUUAUAAACUAGCUUACGAAUAUCUUAAUCAGUGCUAUAUUUUGAGAUAUAAUGACUCAAAAUGUAAUAAGGACUAUCUUGAGCUACUUUUUUAUUAUAUCCUUGUCACAUUCAAGCUAUAUGGUAGUAAUUCAAAAGAUUUUAGAAAGCUAUGUUAAGAAAUAAAAAAUUUUACUGGAGACUAUUAUAAUCUAAAUUGCCUUUUGGUUAUUACUAAAAUUUUGUUAGAGCAGCACAUAUAUGAAUUAGCUUUGAAAAAAUUUGAAUAAGCUAAGGGUAUUAUGAAUUUACAGAUUUUCUCAUAAAAUAAAAACAAAACACUAUACAAUGAGUAUAAGAAAAAAGUGUAAGAAUUAGAAAAAUAGAUUGAAAAAAUGUAAACUGAAAUUAAAUUACAAUAAAAAGCAAGCAUAAUCAUUAAUUAUUGA